AUGGCCCAUCGGCCGCAGUACAAUACCCGCUCGCCUUCCAACGAUGCCAUUCGAGGCGGCGCAGUUUCGCCGCGCAUCGAACAUUUCGACGGUGAAGUCCCGCCAGCACUCUCCCCGCUCGAUGCGUUCGCGUUUCAAGGCCGGCUGCUGGCCCGCCAGUUGGAGGACUCCGCACGACGAGAUCGACGAUUGAGCCGCUUGCCCCCCUCCAGUGUUGCACGAUCUUUGUCCCAGGGUCGACCGGGCUAUUUCCGAUCUCAAUCGUCUAGCGAUGCUUCACGCAGCGGUGCAGGAACGGCACUUACCAGGCAGCCAACCCAAAAGAAUUAUCCGGAACCGGAAGAGCCUCGCUUUCGCCCACAGUCCGAACACCCUCGGUUAAGCAGUAUUUCCCAUAUUAGCAGUGAAAACAACUACUCAGGCGGGGAUGAUGCGACGCCGAAGAACGAGUCUCCUACUGCUGACAACGAAGGCUUCCGGUUUGAUGCGGCGCGCGCCGAAUCCCCGGAGUAUGACAAUACACUACGUGCUUCAUCAGAAGGUCCGCGCCGGUUCUAUGCUGCAUCUCCUGUUGGACACGCGCUCCCCGCGCCGCAAAAAACUUCCUCGACCGAUUCGGCUUCGUCCCGCUUGAAUAUUCCUCGCAGUCUUGCCCCGCCUGGCUCCCCGCUUUCCCGCCCGUCGAGCAGUUCUCGUGGACCCCAAACGGAGAGUUCAGACGAUGACUACAGCAGCUCCAAUGCUGGCUCAACCUUCUCAAACCAGCGCAAGCUAUCUUCUAGUAGCGCGAUGUCAACGCCGUAUUCUCCUAUGGCCUCAAUGGCCCGUUCCCACCCUCGAUCACCGUCUAUAAGCUCUGAGGCAUCGAACUCCAGCCAUCUUCCGCGCCCGUCGUUCAAUUUUUCCCGUCCUUUGAGCAGGUCUAGCACUAGCCUUUCUGCGCCCAUUGGGCUUGGGGUAUCGGAACAGCCGCCUUGCAACAUGCAGGGCGCGAUGAACCGUAGCAGCAAGCCCAGCCCGAUUGUUCUGCCGGGAGGUUCUUCAGAUAUGCUUUCUACGCCAACGGAUGACCCUUCCUCUUCCGUAUCUUCCUAUAUAUAUGCCAAGUACGCACUUCCUCGCGGACGUGGGGUGCCUAGAGAUUCGGUUGUUUUCUCCGGGUUGCAGACACCCCAUUUUGAAUGGCAGGAACCUCUAUUUGAGAGCCCCGAGCAGCGGCCAAGGACCGCUGAACCUCAGAGAACUGUGAGGACGCCUUCCAUAUCACCGUCUCGUCCAGAGAACACCCAGAAAAGGCUAUCGGCUCAUGAACCUACGGUUCCUGACGAUAGACUCUUAACGCCCGUGGUCUCCGCGUCAUCAGCGCACACUACACCGUUGCCUGAGAAGCCUGAACCCGAGAGUGCCUCAGCUCGGGCCCGGAGCUCGGAAACGGCUAGAACUGAUGAUAUCUCUGAAACAACGUCCUCUGCAGACUCUGCAUCAACAUUACGCCCGCAGACGGCGAAGACAGCCGCGACUUCUGCGGUGAUAUCCGCGGAGGAGCAUGUCGCAAAGGGUAUUGAGCUUCACGAGAAGGGGUCCUUGAAUGAGUCUACAUAUCAUUUGCGAAUUGCCGCAAAACAGGACCACCCCGUUGCAAUGUUACUGUACGCUUUGGCUUGUCGACAUGGUUGGGGUAUGCGGCCUAACCAACGGGAAGGCGUGCGGUGGCUGCGCAAGGCUAUGGAUUCAGUUGGACUGGAACUAUCUGGCGGCGACUCAGACUCAGUUGUGUCAGCUAAAGCUAAAGAACUACAAAAGGCGUACCGGGCCCAAUUUGCUCUCAGCGUUUAUGAGCUCGGCGUCAGUCAUCUUAAUGGCUGGGGUAUCGAACAGGACAAACCCCUUGCGCUGCGAUGUUUUGAAACCGCAGGUCGCUGGGGAGACGUUGACGCCCUUGCUGAGGCGGGUUACUGUUACGCCGAAGGGGUUGGCUGUAAGAAAGACUUGAAGAAGGCGGCGAAGUUCUAUCGCGAGGCCGAAGCCAAGGGAAUGAGCAUGGUUGGAAACAGUUGGAUAUAUAAGGCCAAGUACAUGUCAGAUGAUGGGCCCGAGACCCGGUCUCGUGGCCGGCAGGCAAAUACCCCGGAAAAGAAGGGGCGCAGCAAAUCGCGAACUCGCAGCUUGUUCCAGCGCAAAAAGGCCCACCCCGCCGAAGCAUAA